UUAUGAACUUGGUGGAUGGCACGCGUUUUAUGUGUGGGGCUGUGCCUGUAGUUUUAUGAACUUGGUGGAUGGCACGCCGCGGUUUACUACGGGUGCUUUACACCGCACUCCUUGAUUGGGCGUGGCCCACCGUUCAACCCGCACGGUUCGUCGCGCUGCGUGUUCACCUGAACGACUCGCCAGUCGUGCACAGAAUGGCCCUUGCCCGUUUCUUUACACGCUUCGUGACACGUCAGCACUGAUGCACCAGUAGCAAUGAAACUUUGUUUCACCGCUCAAUGGAACGCUUGUGCAUACCUCUCAGCUUCUAUCAGGUACAACCGGGCCUUUCGCCCUGCGGCUAGUCGCGCGUUUCGUCUCAAGGGGCGACAAAAACUGCCGUACCAAAUUUCAGGACCGCUCACGACCCCAUAAAAUUUUUUAAUUGGCACAGCCCCUGCAAUGGCAAAAGGACCCUCAAUAAAAAGAAUGGCAGCAAAUAUUCUAUCGUGUGGCAGGAACAAGGUGUGGCUCGAUCCUAACGAGACAUCCAAGUUGAAGGCGGCGGCAUCGCGUCCAGACGUGCGCAAGCUGAUCGAGGACGGUUUUAUCGUGAAGAAAAGGCCGGUGGUGCACUCCCGGUACCACGCAAAUUUGCUGCGUGAGCAGAAGGCCAAGGGACGGCAUUGCGGUCCUGGUAAGGUGAAGGGCAGCAAAAACGCGAGGAUGCCCUUCAAAGAGCGGUGGAUGAAGCGUGUGCGAUCGUUGCGUGCGGAGCUUAAAUCGAUGCGUGCCAACGGAACGAUCAGUGUGAGCGAGUACAGGGUGAUGUACGGACAGGUGAAGGGCAACAUGUUUAGGAGCGUGAAGGUUAUGAUGGAGAGCGUGAGCAAGAAGAGGGAGGACGAGAAGAGAAGAACGGAGCUUGCCGAGCAGGCAGAGGCACUGUCGAUGAAAUAAAGCGCGUUUUAUUGCA